AAAAAAGGGCAACCUGCACUUCCCCCAAAUGGGUUGUCGGAGAGAAUGCGCGACCAAGGGCGCUAGCGCGCGCUAAUUAUCUGCCCCCUCUGCUCCCGCCGCCAGCUGCUAUCGCCCUCCCACUCCACGCACUCUAGGGCCGCUGGCGUUCCCCACCGUCGCUUCCUCUACCGGAUCCUCACUCCCCGCCCCAGCGCUUCUCCUCCGUCGGUCCAGUGGAGUUGACUGGAGAUCCAUCCGCACGGGGAUUUGUUUCUCUUUCUGUUGGCAAGGUUGCCGCUGGAAUUUCGUAGAACGAUGGAGUGCGUGGUGCAGGGAAUCAUUGAGACCCAGCAUGUUGAAGCUCUUGAGGUUCUUCUCCAGGGUCUCUCUGGUGUCCCAAAAGAGCGUGUUAGGGUGCAUGAGCUCUGUCUGAAAAGUGGACCCAAUCUAGGAGUUGUCCCAUCAGAGGUUCGUUUGCUGUGUGACUUAGCUCAGCCCACACCAUCCUGGACCAUAAGACAUGUUGGUGGUUCCAUGAGAGGUGCUGGUGCAGAGCAAAUCUCAGUUCUGGUUCGUACAGUUGUGGAGAGCAAAGCUAGCAAGAAUGUCUUGCACUACUUCUACACUAUAGGGUACAAGCUAGACCAUGAACUUUUGAAGAUUGGUUUUGCAUUUCGUUUCCACCGAGGUGCCCAGAUCACCGUCACUGUUACAUCUGCUAACAAGAUGGCAAAGCUCCAUGCAACUGAUGAAGCUGUGCCUGUCACUCCUGGCAUACAGCUAGUGGAAAUCACAGCUCCUGCUGCUGCUGACAAUUACAACGAUGUCGCUUCAGCUGUCACUGCGUUCUGUGAAUAUCUUGCACCGCUGUUGCAUCUGUCAAAACCAGGAAACACAACUGGAAUUGUCCCAACUGCUGGUGCUGCUGCUGCCUCACUCAUGUCAAGUGGUGGCGGCAAAACCUUGUAAUGUUGGCACGACCCUGAGGUGGUCUUCCUUGAGCUGAGCAAGCGGUGCGGCUGCUGAGGUGGUCUUCUUUGCGCUGAGUGGGCAGUUUCACCAUGGCAGGGGCGGUGCCCAUGGCUGACAUAGUGGUGUGCCCAUCCUGUUGGUCGACUUCCUGCAAUUCUAUUGCAGAUGGGAAUGUCGUGCCUUUUAGAUCCGUGAAACCCACCUGUUGUGUAUAUGCAUUUUUUUAAUAAUCUUAUCAACCUAAUUAUUUAGCUGGUACAAUAUGAUCCAGACACUUGUGCUGAAGUCAAACUCACACAAUUUUUGCAAUGCUUUGGGAUCUCAUGGUGA